UUUUCCCCGCUUUGGUGCAACAGACAGGCUCGACAGGGCCUCGGGUGACUGCUGCGGGAUGGCGCCCGUCUUGGUCCUCUGGCUGGCUGUGUGCCUCACUGGGACUUGGGCUGUGGACCGGGGAAAUUUCAAGACCUGUGAUCAGAGUGCCUUCUGCAAGCGUCAGCGAGCGCUGAAGCCCGGUGAGUCUCCCUAUCGAGCCCUGUUGGAGACCAUGGAGCUGACGAACACCAGACUCACCCUGCAGCUCAUCAAUGACAACAACAAGGUGCGCCUGCUGCUCGAGCUCUACCGUCUCCAGGGAAACAUAACCAGGGUGAAGAUUAAUGAGCUGAAGCCACUCAAACCUCGCUAUGAAGUCCCAGACGUGCUCAUCAGGGAGCCACCCACCGAGCCCCUGUCCAUCUUGUCUCAGGAUGAGAACGGGGUGGUGCUCUCCCUGGGGGCGGAGUCUCAGAGGGUCAUCAUCAGCGCACGGCCCUUCCGUCUGGACAUCAUGGAGGGAAGCGACGUGCUGAUGUCGCUGAACUCGCGCGGCCUCCUGGCCUUCGAGCACCUGAGGAUGCGCAAGGACACUUUCUCCUAUAAAGUAACUAGCACAGUGGCUAGCGUGUGGGAUAAUAUCAAGAGGGUAUUCUCUAGUCAGGCUGACCCAGAGGGCGAAAAGAAAGAGGAGACUGAUCCUGCAAGCCAGGCCGAGACAACAAAAGAGGAGGAGGAGAAGGUAGAAGAUGGGAUGUGGGAGGAAACGUUUAAAUCGCACUCGGAUGGCAAACCCAAUGGUCCGUCUGCCAUUAGUUUGGACUUUUCGUUGCCAGGAGUGGAGCACGUGUAUGGUAUCCCGGAACAUGCAGAUCCGCUCCGACUCAAAACUACAGACAACGGAGAUCCGUAUCGUCUUUAUAACUUGGAUGUGUUCCAGUAUGAGCUGUUUAACCCGAUGGCCUUGUACGGCGCUGUCCCAGUGAUGCUCGCUCAUAAUGCUCAGCGCACCACCGGCAUCUUCUGGUUCAAUGCUGCAGAAACCUGGGUGGACAUAAGCUCCAACACAGCAGGAAAGACUGUGUUCGGGAAAAUGCUGGAUUACGUUCAGGGCUCCAGUGAAACGCCGCAGACCGACGUGCGUUGGAUCUCUGAAAGCGGCAUCAUCGACGUCUUUCUUAUGCUGGGGCCGACGGCCAAAGACGUCUUCUCUCAGUACGCCUCUCUCACAGGCACCCAGUCCUUCCCUCCUUUGGCUUCCAUUGCCUACCACCAGUGUCGCUGGAACUACAACGACCAGGAAGACGUGAAGUCGGUGGACGCCGGCUUUGACGAGCACGACAUCCCCUACGACUUCAUCUGGCUGGACAUCGAGCACACCGACGGGAAGCGCUACUUCACCUGGGAUCCGCACAAGUUUGCAAAUCCCAAGGAAAUGCUGCAGGGACUGCAGGACAAGAAACGCAAGUUGGUGGCCAUUGUAGACCCACAUAUCAAAAUAGAUAGCAACUACAAGAUCCACAAUGAAAUCCGCUCUCGUGGGUUCUACGUCAAGAAUAAAGAUGGAGGAGACUAUGAGGGCUGGUGCUGGCCUGGCAGUGCCGGUUAUCCAGAUUUCACCCGUGCAGACAUGAGGGCCUGGUGGGCCAGCAUGUUCGCCUACGAUCAGUAUGAGGGCGCCAUGGAGAACAUGUACACAUGGAACGACAUGAACGAGCCGUCGGUCUUCAACGGGCCAGAGGUCACCAUGCACAAGGACGCAAUGCACGGAGCCUGGGAGCACCGCGACCUUCACAACAUCUAUGGCUUUUAUGUGCAAAUGGCAACAGCAGAGGGUUUGACUCAGAGAUCAGGAGGAGUUGAGCGUCCGUUCGUCCUGACCAGAGCCUUCUUCGCUGGAUCACAGCGAUAUGGUGCGGUGUGGACGGGCGAUAACGCCGCUGAGUGGGACCAUCUCAAGAUCUCCAUCCCCAUGUGUCUGAGUCUGGGCCUGGUUGGCAUUUCUUUCUGUGGUGCUGACGUCGGCGGCUUCUUCAAGACUCCGAGCACCGAGCUGCUGGUGCGGUGGUACCAGACGGGGGCCUACCAGCCGUUCUUCAGGGCCCACGCCCACCUGGACACCCCUCGCCGCGAGCCCUGGCUGUUCGGUCCCGAAAACACGGCACUGAUCCGUGAAGCGAUCCGCCAGCGUUACACUCUCCUGCCCUACUGGUACCAGCAGUUCUACAACGCGCAUCAGACUGGAGAGCCCAUCAUGAGGCCUUUGUGGGUGGAGUAUCCUCAGGACCCGGCUACUUUUGCUCUGGAUGAUGAAUAUUUGAUCGGAAGAGACCUGCUGGUUCAUCCAGUGACGGAGGAAGGAUCCCGGGGAGUCACCGCCUACCUGCCUGGUAAAGACGAGGUCUGGUUUGACGUCCACACUUUCCAAAAGCACAGCGGAGCCCAGAAUCUCUACAUCCCGGUCACCAUGAGCUCUAUCCCCGUUUUCCAGCGUGGCGGCUCCAUCAUUCCCAGGAAGCUUAGAGUUCGCAGGUCCUCCACCUGCAUGGAGCACGACCCCUACACACUGUUUGUGGCUCUCAGUCCCCAGAGGUCUGCAGUGGGUGAACUCUACAUAGAUGAUGGCCACACCUUCAACUAUCAGAAGAAAGAGUUCAUCCACAGGAGGCUGUCAUUCUCCAACAACGCCCUCUCUUCUGUUGACCUUGCCCCGGACGCCCAGUUUACCACCAACUCCUGGAUUGAACGUAUUGUCUUUCUGGGAGCCAGUAAGCCGAGCAAAGUCACCCUGAAGACUGCUGAUGGGCAGGAGAGUCAGCUGGAGUUCGACUUUGACGCCGCCGUGUCCGUCUUGACGCUGCGCAAGCCCGGCAUGAACGCCGGGGCAGACUGGACGGUGACGCUCCAGUGAGCAGAGAACAGAAACGUAACGCGGCAGUAGCAAAAUGACUGAACGGAAGCAGGGGAACGGGAUACGUGACAGAAUGAACGACAUACUAAUUGCACACCCUCACACUUGAACACUCAACCUAACCAUGUACAACUGUUAGUCGACCUGAGCCGCUCAACUUCUCUGCCAUUUCCUGCCAGUAGCACAACAUUACCUAACGAAACUGUUUUCAGGAUUGCUGUGAGGAUCGGAGGCCAGAACUAAAACAGAUCGAAUCAUGUUAUUGUUUGCAGUCAGUUACUCUCACGUCGGUUUCCGGGGUUGUUUGUCGAAGUGAAUGAAGGUCAACACUCAGAGCACAUGUUCCAACUGAUGCUGAUCCCCUCUGUAUAUUACUGACUUGAUGUGUUUCCAAAACCAUUCCAGCCUCCUUUUAAAUUUUGGCUUCUUCUUGAUUUGUGCAACGUUUGUUGUCUUUGUCGCAGGAGGGCUUGCCAUCAAACUAGUUUUUUUUUUUUUUUUUGUCCUCUAUUCUGGCUAAUUAAUUUUUCUGAACCUCCCAGAAUCCACAGUGCUAAUUAUGCAACAGUAAAGAAUGUGUCGCACUGAGAAGUGAUCGGAUCGGUUAGUGGGUGCACACGGAGGGGAUUUCCAGCUGAUGUUGUGAACAAACUCAAAGGGAAUCACUCCAGGGGGGCUGAACCACUCGCUGCUCGUGGGUCAUCCUGUUGACGUGCUGUCUUUGUUUUAUCGAGCUGUUUUUUCCCAACUUUGUUUACUAGAAUAUUUUUAAUGCACUUCAGAAGAUUGAGUACCUAAAAAGUUGUUUAGAUUUCCAUGUGUUACUAGUUAUCGGGACAGACCAGUUUUCCACUGCAUUGUUUAGAUCAGAGUACCGAUGUGGCUCAAUAUAGUAGUUUAACAAUCAUUUUAAGGAUUUAAGAUGAAUGCAACCGUGAAACUUCAAAUGAUUCUCUGGAGACUGGUUUAUGUUCCAUCUAGUUAAAUCAAUUUUGUUGUGAGUUUGUCCGCUGAAUGGUUUUUAUCAUGAAUUGAAAUGUUGCUGCAUUUUUGUUGGUGAUGGCUUGAACUGCUGGAAAUGGAAUUGAAGGAUCAGACUUCAGCUGUCAAUCAGAUUUGUCCUACAUAUUCUAAAAGAUGCGACCAAGUAAAAAUAAAGUUGACCAAAUGUUGAA